GCUGCUGCUGCUGCAUCUGGCUUUGUGUGAGAGGAAAAAGCACGCCAUCGCAAGACACGAAACAUGCCUUAAUUAUACAGGGGGGAAAAGCAAACGAGAGGAUACCCAACAUACACGGUUUGCAACUGAACGACGCAAAUAAUAUAUAAAAAAGUCUUAAAGUGACACGGUGGGGAUGAGGUUUGCUCGAGUCGGGAUGCAGUCGACCUGGCCACACACGGCACUGCCUGCGGUGCUUCUUGUGGUUUUGGCCGGACUUUCUGUUUCUACUGCAUGCAAUAAAGCAUUGUGUGCCAGCGACGUCAGCAAGUGUUUAAUACAGGAGCUAUGCCAAUGCAGGCCGUCAGAUGGGAACUGUUCGUGCUGUAAGGAGUGUAUGCUGUGUCUGGGCACGCUGUGGGAGGAGUGCUGUGACUGUGUGGGCAUGUGCAACCCGAGGAAUUACAGUGACACACCAGCCACCUCUAAAAGCACAGUGGAGGAUCUGUACAGGCCCAUUCCCUCCCUGUUCAGAGCACUCACUGAGGGUGAAGCCCCCAUCAACAUGAUGGUGGUCUCCUUUCCUGUGGCAGAGGAAUUGUCCUACCAUGAGAGCUUGGUGUCCUUCUUGGAGACAAUGGAAGAUCAGCAUCAAAAUGUCUCGUUGCCUGGCAACAGCAUUCAUUCUAGUUAUGAUAACACUCAAGAAAACAUGUGCACCGUCGUGUACUUUGAUGACUGUGUUUCGAUCCGUCAGUGUAAGCAGUACUGUGAGUCGAUGGGAGGCUCUAAAUACCGCUGGUUUCACAACGCAUGCUGCGAAUGCAUUGGGCCCGAGUGUAUCGACUACGGCAGCAGAGCAGUGAAGUGCAUGAAUUGUCUCUUCUGAACCACCAGCCUCUGAGUGUUGUGGAUGCUCAUACUCCUGCCACUAGAGGGCACAAUAAUGGGACUGUAGGUUCAGUAGACACUGACCUAGGAUUGGGUUGGGGGGUACGGCAUGUGACAAUCAUGUAAAUUACAAGCCCUUGUGAUUUUGCUCUUUUGUAUUAACCUUUUACACUUUUUUAUAGGUUUCUAGAAAAAAAAAAGUAUAUAUGGAUUUUGUAUUUUUCUUGAAUGUAAACCAUUGAGUAGGCAGUCGCUAUUCACAUGCUAUUCAAAGGGCGUUCUGCCAAAUUAAUGCUUUUUAUAGAUUGUUAACUGUUACCAAUUUUCAUUAAUGUUUAUCCAUCAAACCUAGUUUUAAAAUUUUUUGUUGACUGAUAUCAAGCUUCUAUGUGUGAGGAAAAAAUCAAUCCAAUAGCACACUGUGUUGAAACAAUUGCAGAUGCAUUGAAGAUUCUAGUGACAUUUUGUUAGUCAUAAUUCUUCUACACUUCAGAUGAAGGGACUGGUGCCAUAUACCGAAAGUGCCUGUGUCAAAGUGUCAUUUCUUAGAUGUUUCUGCUUUAACCACACAUACAAUGAUGAGGAGGCAAACAGAACACCUAUACUUUAAUCUGGACUUUAAUUCUGGUUAAGCUGUUUGAAUACUGUCCCAAGAUUUUUAAGAGAUGGGGAAAGACUACAGCUUUAGGAUUCAUUUUAGUCGUUCUGUCAGAGCAGUGCUGUGUGUCAGUGCUGUUACUUCAAGGUACUUAAUGCAUAUUGAUCAAGGUUGCAAUUCCAUAAAAAAAAGUUUUUGUUUUGCAAUAAUCCUCAUUAAACGACAAGUAUUUAGUUCUCCUUGUA